AUGGCAAGCAGCUGCAUCACAAAAAACACGCCUCCCCUUGAUCUAGAAUCUGGCAAUGUAUCAGGGAACUGGGCAAAAUGGAGUGACCAACAAAAGGCAGCAUACUUUAUCAGUGUGGGCCACACAGGUUGUGAUGUAUGCAGAGCAUGGUGUGCAAGUGGACACAUAACUGCAGAGGGCAAGAAAAAGACAGAGGUACUGUGUGCAAGGUUUGAUGCAUACUGUAAUCCAUGCAAAAACCCACAGGGCAGAGAAAGCUGUUCUAUGAGAGGUACCAAGUGGGCAGUGAAUCAGUGGAUGAAUGGGUCACACAAUUACAGCUACUGCGUUGCUUUUCAUGACUCUAGAGAUAUGAUCAAAGACAGGAUACUAAUGGGCAGCUAGUGUAAAAAUGUUCAGGAAAAAAGUACUGCAAGAAGAGGAGCAUAUGAGAUGUCAAGAAAGGACUUGCAGGUACUGGGAGGGCCACAACAGAUCAGUGCAAUUGAAAAGCAAUCUAACAGUCACAAGAUAGAACAAAUGAAGCCACAGCCACAGCCACGACCAGUAUAUAGUAUAAAUGAAAUGGACAAUUCAGAUGAUGACACAGGCAUCUCCCAUAUGAGGCAGUGGUCACAUUGGAACUAGGGGCUUCUCAAAUACCUGUCAAGUUUAAAACUGAUACAGGAGCUCAGGUAAAUUGUAUACCAGGCCACAUACAUCACAAAUUCCUCUGUCAUGAAUGCCAGUUGGAAACACAGAGACUACCAAAGCUGAUGGGGUAUGGAGGUGAGGUCCUCGAUGUCAUCGGACGGUGUCAUACAAAGUGUGCAUAUAAAAGAUUGGAAAGUAGCUUGCAGCUGUGUGUAGUAGAAACUCAGGCUACAGCCAGGAUAUUGGACUUAUCAAAAUUAUAAUGGCUGUCAAUAGCAAUGACAACACACUUACAGCUAAUACCUUUAAGCAUGAUUUCAGUGAUGUAUUCAGAGGACUCGGGUGUCUUCCUGGGAUAUACAAAAGUUGCAUAAAAGAAGGGUCCCGCCCUGUUAUACAUGCUUCAAUGAAAAUACCUCUAGCUAUUCGAAGGUAUGAAACUAAUACCAUUACCAUAUCAAAGGAUUGAACCAUCAAUUGAGAGUUUCAGGCCAUAUAGUCAAAGUCAGAUAGUUUACAUUGAAACUAAACAUACAGGCGGCUCAAGUGUAAAAUGUCUCACCUUGCAGGGCCUUUGAUAGAUCAAAAGGGCAAUCCUUUUCACACCUUGCAGAAGCCCCUUUUGAGCAAAAGAGCAAUUUCUCUCUGCCAUUUGUACUCUACCCAGAGGUCAAAUUAAUGACGCACUACACAAGUUAUAUUAAAUAGCAAUAUUCCAUAGUGUAAUAAUAAAUUAUGCACCCUUGCCGUGACACAGGCCAUGUGAAUUGUUGUACUGUCCUAACAUUGACACUGAUAUUGAAAGAUUUUUGAAAGUUUGUGAUACAUGCGGUGAAUUUGAAAGGCAGAACAUAAAAGAACCAUUCAUCCCUUGGAGUAGCCCUUCUCCUGCAUGGCAAAGGCUAGCCACAGACAUUUUUCAUAAUGAAGAGAAAAACUACCUGAUCAUUGUUGACUAUUACAGCAAAUAUUUUGAAAUUGUACAGCUACAGGACCGGAAAUCAUCCACUAUCAUAUUGGCUUUCAACUCAAUACUUGCCAGGCAUGGUGUGUGAGGAACUCGUAUCAGACAAUGGUCCACAAUAUUCAAGUGAUGAGUUUCAAUCCUUCAUGAGGGAAUGGGGCCUGUUAGUCCAUAUCUACCACAGGCUAAUGGGCUGGCUGAAUAAUAUGUUGGCAUCGCCAAAUCCAUUCUAUUGAAGGCAGAAUCAUCUGGGCAAUAUGUUCAUUUGGGUCUACUAAACAAUCGUGCAACUCCACUAGAAGUAUUAUGUUCUCCUGAACCACGGUGGCCAUUUUUCCAAAGAAACUUCAGCCACAGAGUUUUACACAUGAACUUGUUGCAACUCAACGAGACAAAAACAUUUAAAAACAAAAGCGAUAUUACAACAAAUCAGCCAAACCGCUUUGCACCGCUUACCUUAGGACAGGCUGUAAGACACAAGAUCAACGGGAAGAAAUGGGAACCGGCACGUAUCGUACGUGUCUCUGAAUCCCCAAGGUCAAAUGUAAUUGAGAAUCCUCGGGGUCAGGAACUCAGACGGAACAGAUGGCAUCUACGCACUGACUUUUCAAGUUCUGCCACACACAAUUCAAAUGAUGAUGAAAUUCCCAGCACUCCCGUCAUAGAAAGCAAACUUGACUCACAUACCGCAUGCAACACUGAACCAAAUGAUACUGAGGGCACUAUGGAGUUUCCAGAUGCAAGUAAUGUAGAGGAGUCGUUGAAUGCUCAUAGUGACACAAGAGACACCCACUCCAGUUAUGGUCAUAAACGGAAACCCAAAAUAUAG